CCUCCUUGUCCACAUCAUUUUAUACUAAUGUUUCUGUGCAGGAUUCUGUGAAGCAGUUUGUACCAUCUAAACUCAUUUCGAUAACACCAAUAACAAAACAGUAAAUAAAUCGAAAAACGUGUAAUUUGAAGUUUAAGCAUCGAUGUAAUGUGAAUUAUGGAUUUAAAAGCUACCAAGAAAGCAGCUCGUAAAUUAAAGCAUUGUGAAAAAAUUCUGUUAAAACAUGAAAAUGUGAAACUUUCUUUGAUUCCAUCUAAUAGCCUUUUCAUCGGAAAUGGAGGUUUAGGCUGUGGCAUUCAGAGAGAAUUUCUGACAGAUCUCUUUAGCUGUUAUGGUGCACUAGAAGAUAUUGUGUUAUUACCUGAUAAACCAUAUGCAUUUGUUGUAUACAAAAAAACAGAAGAUUCUGAGAAAGCGUUUGCAUCUCUUCAUGGCCAGAAGCAAAAAUCAGGGCAUAUGUUUUACAUAUCAUAUAUUAAUAGAUCUGAUGUUCCUCAAUACAAUGCUACAUAUAGCUGUUGGCCAAAAGGACUUGUUUUAAUGGAAGAUUUUAUUACACCUGAAGAAGAAUUUAAAAUGCUCUCUGUAUUUAGUUUUGAGGACUGUAAUGAUAAGGCUGUUUUGAAGCACAGAAAAGUGAAGCAUUAUGGUUAUGAAUUUAUUUAUGGGAGCAACAAUAUUGAUAAAAACAAAUGUCUGGAUUCAAAAAUCCCUACUAUCUGUAUGCCUCAUUUAGAAAAAUUAGUUGCCCUAGGUUAUAUUCCAAGAGUUCCAGAUCAACUUACUGUCAACCACUAUUUACCUGGGCAAGGUAUUCCUCCACAUGUCGACACACAUUCCGCUUUUGAAGAUGGAAUUAUUUCUCUAAGUUUAGGUUCUCAGGUUGUUAUGGAUUUUUCCAGUCCUGAGCAUGAAGUUGUACCUGUUUUUCUCCCUAGAAGAAGUGUCCUUAUAAUGUUAGGAGAAAGCCGUUAUAAGUGGAAACAUGGGUAAUUUAA